CCGAUGGGUCGCGCGUUGCUGACGCGCUUGGCCUUUCAGCUCAAGCUGCGCAUUAUUGAUCGCCGAGCGGCGCGCCCGCCGCCUGCUGGAGCUGGAGAUGCAGCCGCUUGGGCGAUUGCGACCGCGCCCUCAUCGCCGGCGCCAUCCACGCCAUCGGUGCCCGCCAGGUCGCGCUUUGGCAUCGCGGGCGCCAUUGCCCCGCUGGCAGCGCGUCGUCGCGCUGCUCGGACCGAGCGCCGUCUCGAUGAUGCCAGGCGCACAGUGCGGACACUGCAGAAGCGGCCCGCUCGCCAGCACGCCACAGUCGGGCGGCUUCAGCGGCGGAUCGAGCAGCUCGAGGGCGGCGUCGGCGAUCCGCUCGCCAUUUCGAAGGUGGGGUCGCAUCAGUUAAGCUGGAGUCCCACUGUUGCGAUGGGCCUGCGUCGCAACCUCUCCACCAUAUCGGCCGCCGAUUUUGGAGCAGUGACGCUGCUGGGCGUCUCGAGGCAGACGGUCUGCAGAUCAGAACGCCUCGUCGGCUCGUGCAUCGCGGCGACCAGCCGCCAGUUCUUCGAGUCGUGGCGCCUUGCCCUGCCAUCGUUCCUGCGGUCCUCCGCGCCGCCCGACCCUCAGUCCAUCGUCGACGUCUACUCGUGGCGACAGGACGCAACCAACUCGGGCGUGUGGCGUCGUCAGAAAGUAGCAGCGCUCGAGGCAGAGGCCUUCGUGAUGCUGAAUCCUCUCCCCAGGACCUCCACUCGCACAUGCCAGAUGUGUGAGGUAUCCAGCUACGUCUGGCGGCUCUCAGAUAUCCAAACAGUGUCGCUCCUUGGUUGCACGGGCGAGUUCACGCACAGGCUGGUCGUCAAGCAGUUGAAGGCGCUGGGCGUCCAUGUAUGGGAAGAGUGUGGCACGAACGUUGCUUACGAUGCCUGCGCUCGCGCGUGCCUGACCACGACCGACCAGGGGUCGGGCCAGAUCAAGGCCCGCCGCAUCAUUGCCAUCCUGACAGCGCCGAUGCCCAACGUGAUCUUUUUUGAUCACAGCUGCCUCGAGCGCGUCGUCCACCUGAUCAUCGGCCAGGCAUUGAAACUCGCCGACCGGUUCCUCAAGGAGUGGGCCCGUUCGUUGCGCUGCUACUCGACCGUUGCCAUAUGCGCCAACGUGUGGCGCGACGCCGCGCGGCCCAUCUACUUGUGGUGGAUCGACGCGUGUGGGCCGACGGAUGCUAAGGCUCGUGCGUCCAAGCUGUGCCCCAAGCUGCAGAGGCUGCUGUUGCAUUCGAGCCAGUUCUCGCGGCAGGCAUGGGCGCUCGUCGGCGACCUGUCCGCCGAUAGCGCCAGUGCGUGGACCGCAAUGCUCGGCCGCUGGCGCAAGCAAGCGGAGCUGACGACCUCAGACCUGUUGUUCUGGGGCAUGCUCAAGUGUAACUUGUGGAGCAGGUCGGUGACUACCCAUGCGAGCUGCUUCCUGAAAUCUAAGGGUCGGCAGCACCUCGCCGAGCUUGCGUGUGGCAAGGCUGCCACGGCUGCCAGCCUGUUCGGCGAGUACGACGAGCUGCUCAACUCGCACCCGUGGCAGGACCUGUUCGGCAGCAUGUCCGAGGACGACAGCAUCAAGCUGAACUCAUUUGCCAUCGCCAACCUCAUGGUCCACGCUGGCGGAUUUUGGCGAAGGGUCGAUGAACCGGCAGUCGCAUGGCCAUAUCGAAUGUUUGGCUUGAUAUUCGGAGGCGAUCAGUUGCAGGACGCGCUGCUGCGACGUCAGACGGCGCGCGACCUCCUGGAGACAGACCCCCUCGACAUCGACAUCGGGGCCCGCAAGCUGCGUGCCGCGUUCACGCGCGACAUCCAGGUUGCGGAGCUGUGCGGCCGUGUGUCGGACGCCUCGCUGGCUGCCAUGCGCAACGACGCACCGCGCUGGUCACCGCUGCCCGCUGCUGAUGGGCCGCUGAUCGACCCGACCAUCAACAUGGCGUCUGUGCUGUGUGGUCUGUACCCCGACAUGCGAGUGAAUGCUCGUCGGGCAUGGAGCGUGGCGCACAAUGCAGUGUUCAGCCAGAUAUGGAAGCUCCAGCCUGCCGGCAUGUCACUAUGCUUCGGUUUCGGCGAGUCUCCCCAGCACGGAUGCCCUCUAUGGGUCAGCGUGGAGCGCCAUCGUAGCCGCCACGUCUUCUGCCAGCUCACCUUUGACGAGCCGAGUAUGUGCGCUCACCUGGUUCGCCCGCUGUCGGUGAUUCGAUCGGUGCGGUUGUUCGACGCGUUCUGCGAGGCAGUUUCUUUGAGCGACGCCCCUGUGGUCAUGAAGUGCUUCCGCCUGACAUGGGGCCGCCGGGCGAUGCAGACUGCGCCGCUGUCCGCGCUGGACGACGUCAGCCUCGUGUUCAGGAAGCUCUAG